UGUUUGUCGAAUUGGUAGAGGUCAAGUCAAUGUAAUUCCCCGUCGUUUGCUAUAUAAGUUGCGUUUCGGCAUUAUUGACGUAGUCCAGAUUAAUAAUACAAUUGGAAAUGAAGCUGCUGUUGUGUUUCGUCCUCGCCCUUGCACUUGGGGUGCAUUCAAGACCUCAUCAGGAUCGAUCACAUCACGCCAGUUUAGGACCUGAGCGCGAAUGCAUCGCAGAAGCAAACGUCGAAAUGUCGAAAGUGAUGCGGCAUGUUCACACUGUGUCGGAUGUAAACGAUGAAGAAGUUGGCAGAUACUUAGCUUGUGUUUGGAAGAAGAGACAGAUGAUAAAUGACAAUCGCAAAGUUAACGGUGAAAAUAUAUUUAGGUACCUGAAAGAUAUCUACCACAAGGAAAACUUAUCGGACAGCAAUGAAGCUGAAAUGCGCGAUGCCAGCAAAGAAUGUGCCAAGUUGGAAGAUAACAGUGAGAAAGUGUUGGCGGUCAAGGUGAAAAAUUGCAUAAUUGAAGCUGUCGCCAAGAUGCCCUUCUUAACUCAACCCAAACCUCGUCCAAGCUCUUAAGAAACAAAAAUUUGACUAUCUACUGAUGGUUUUUCCAAUUGUUUGAUUGUUUUUUGUGUGAUUUUUUUAUCUUUCUUGAAUGUUUGGGAACAUUCUUGAUCAAUCUGAGCCUAAAUAAACUAUACCAUAUAA